AUGCAAUCGAGUUUUCUAGGUCCAGAUGAAAGCGCGGACAUAGCAGGUUCCAGGCUUUGCGCGGCACGGAAUGGAUACUACUACAUACACCUUUCCAAGCCAUACUCUGGUGCCUCGAUGGAGCUGUGGUACAUCUUGGCAACAAUGAAGGAGUUGGAAAUCUUCAAGAGACCAGUGUUUGGGGUUGAGCUGCGAUCUAUCGAUCCCCACGGGAUACGCCUUACAGAGAUGCAUGGGAGCUUGGUACUAUCCCUAUUAUCUAGAGACACAGACUCUCUACAGUUCUACUUUUUGGACAUAGACAGUGCCACUGCCUUACCCGUCAUGCUUAGAGGUUCUAAGAUUUCUCACCGCAUCAAUUACAGCAUGAUUCACAUCGCCUGCCAGCGCAUCCUUCUGGUAGGCGGAUCUUCUCCAACAGGGGUCUAUUACUCAAGCCUUUUUGUCCUCGAUUUUGCAACGGGAGAGUCACGAAAGAUGCGUCCUUUGACACACGGUCUCGACGGGUUCACCCUUACUCAUUUGGGGCCCGGUCGUGUAGGCCUUUUCGGAGGCUACUCUAAAAUAUCCUGUGAAAACAUGAUUUACCUUGUCAACAAAGACCAGUGGAGCGCAGUUUGUCCAAAUGAUGAAGUUGAUGAGCUAGUUGCGAAGCGGUGGAAACCCUGUCUUCAUAAGCUUACGGACACCCUUAUCUUGAUAUUUGGGGGGUACAAUGGCCGCGUGCUUAAUGAUCUUUAUGUAUACAGCACGUCAUCCAAUGCAUAUGCAACGAUAUAUCCUAGAGGCACAAGUCCCCUUGCACCGCGAGAAGACGGCGCGUACAUUCUAACAAAAGAUAAAGCCAAUCUUGUCCUCAUCGGGGGUGGAACCAAGCGCUGUGAUGUGCUAGACAUAGAAACACUUCGAACCAGCGCUAUGGCAAUCCUCGCAGACGCCCUUCUGAAGCGCGAUCUUACUGGUCAACAAUUAGGUGCCCCGCAAUUAGUUUCGUCGGAACAUCACACUGCUGAAGAGAAGGACUCCGUAGGGUCCCGGAUAGUGGAUGAGAUAAAGGCCAAGGUCGCUGCCAGCGGACAGACUACAGAGCUACUCGACAUUGUUUGGCCUAAGAAACGUUAA